CCCUUGUUUACUGGAAUACGUUUCCACUAGAUGUCUAUGUAUACCGAUCUACAGUCUCUGAUUUGAAUGCUACUGGAUGGAAAGAAACCACCUCAAAUGGAAAUCAAUUUUCCAUACCAGCAAACUUUUUGCGUCAUGAAAUUGAUCAACAAAACGAUGGACAAGACCUACUGACCGUCACAAUAAUUGUCGUUGAAUCGGCACGUCAUGCUGAGCUUUUAAAUAACUACACGAUGAAGGACGCCACCGAUAAAACUGAUGUCAUCACUCAAGUUGCAAGUGAUGUUGUAACAGCAUUUGUAUUUAUUGGUGACGAGAAAGUGUCUGUUCCCUUUAGUUUCAACCUUACACAUUCUAAAGUACUAUCCCAGCCUCCAUUGCCGAAAUGUGGCUUCUUCGACACACAAUCAAGAAACUGGAAUUUCAGCGGCUGCCGGGAGAUCCCAACAGACAACGCGAAUAUGACGUCAUGUUACUGUGAUCACAUGACUAGCUUUGCCAUUCUCGUGCAGUUGCGACCGAAUGAUCGGGAUGUAAAUGAGAUCGAUAUAUUCAUCGGUGCUAUUCUGACCCGGUGUGGUAUUGGACUUUCAGUGACGUCACUCAUCAUUAGUCUGAUUAUCUUCUUUAUUCUCAGACAAUCCAUGGCAGCUGACCGUGUAAUAAUUCACACCAACCUGAUGAUUGCUAUUCUGUUCUUUGACAUCACCUUCCUUUUCAACACAAAUCCAAUUGAAAUCGAGGCUGCAUGCAAAUCAUAUGCCUUCAUUUUGCACUACUUCUCUCUGGCAAUGAUGUUUUGGAUGCUCGUAGAGGGCGUACAUCUCUAUCGUCAAAUCAUCAAAGUGUUUGAUUCUGACAACCUACGAACAUGGGUCUACGGUAUCAUAGGAUGGGGUUUGCCAGCCCUGAUAAUCACUAUUACUGGAGGUGUGAGGCAUCAGAGCUAUGGAUAUGAUCAAUAUUGCUGGCUGAACCCAAACGAUGGAACUAUUUGGGCAUUUAACGGACCUCUUAUCUUAAUUACAUUCGUCAACGUCAUUAUUCUUGCACUUGUUGUAAAGGCAGUGGUAGCGGCAUCUCGAGGACAACUUGAAAAUGAUAAAAUCAAGCAAAUCAGAAAUGGGCUUCGCAGCACCAUAUUGCUUUUCCCUCUGCUCGGUACAACUUGGCUCUUAGCACCUGCAUUGAUAUUAUUCCCUGGUAUCAGAUCACUCACCUACAUCUAUAACGUGCUUAACCCUCUCCAGGGUUUCUUCAUAUCACUGUUUUACUGCUUUCUGAAUACCGAGGUCCGAAACGUCAUUAAAGAACAUUUUCGUAAAGCUCGUGACAGCCGGAAUUUGGACACCAAUUCUGGUACAGCUUCAACAUCAGAGGGCAAAACAGCAAAGUCUAACAUGAGACUGGUUCGAGUCGCUCCCGCUCCUGUGAGCCAGACGCUAAGCAUUCCCGAGGUUUGUAAUUAAUCAACAUGGGCAGAAAAACUUGACUACAACCGUACCCUAGACAUAGUCACCAAUCAUCGCUUCAUUGAAAGUUGAGGGUUCGAGUCCUUCAUGUCCUAGAAGUAGGCCUUAUAUCAUCGAGAAAGACAUCACUCUAGAUUCGGCACUCCGAGAUCCGGAUGCAACGAGAGACAAAUUCUGAACAUUUUAAAUUCAAUUUAAAUGUAUAAAUUGUAUGAAUUUAUAAAUCGUAGAAGUUUAUUCAUUGUAAUACACAUGGAAGCAGAUCAUAAGAAGCUAUCUGGAAGGAUAUUCCAAAUAUGAAUGAGCUAUAAUAGAACAGUAUAUUUGGAACAUUCACUCAAUGAUAAAGAUGGCUGCUAGUGAAUGGAUUUACACUUUCAGGAAAAAGAGAGUAUGGAAGCCAUUAUAAGACAAUUGAUACUAGAAUAUGAUUGUUACGACAAAAAAUAUACUUGAUUGAUUUAUUGAUUACUUAACUGUUUGAUUGAUAGUUUGAUAGAUUGAUUGAUUGAUAGAAUGAUUGUUUGAUUGAUUGAUUGAUUGAUUAAUUGAUGUAUGUAUUGAUUGAUUUCAUUAAUUUGAUAUAUUCAGAUUACGCAAAUAGAUACACUAUUUCUGUUCAAACCAUAUUUCUAUAUAGGAUGCAUUGUAAAAACUUGAUAAAAUUGGAGCAUGUGGGAUAAUGAAGCAUAGCUUAUGUGAUGUAGAUUCCCCGAUUAAUCUAAUUCCAUCGGGUAAUAGAGUAUCAUUUGCCAUGAAACAACAAGAGUUUGAGAAGGUAGGGAAAUAAGGAGAGGAUCGAGGAAAUAAAUGGAAAACAUGAUCUUAAAAAAAUGCAGUAGGCCUAAUAUGCUCGAGUACUGGGUAAAAUCAUAAUACUUUCUGGAAAAUGCAUGUAUUUUAACAAACAGCUGGUCAAAAACUUGACCAGUCGUUUCUUUCAAGUUCGCUUCUAGCAAUAUGUAUAUAUGUAUAUCAUACAAAUAUAUCAGGUGUUGAAAAAGUAUAGUGGGAAUUUUAUCCCAGGUUUCACUGGCAAUAACUAUUUUCCCCAAGGGGCGAAGCUUAUAUUGGCAGUCCAAAUUCCCACUAUUCUUUCGAAGAAAACGCCUGAUAUAUUUGUUUUAUAUCCCUUUAAAACUUGUAGACCUAGUCCUUGUUGAUAUGUUAGCAAUCUAGACCAAUUCUAACGUUGCCGGACCUCGUCCUAACAUGCGGCCUAUCGAGCUAACGCUAGCCAGUCACUUGGUAAAACUGCGCAUGUUCAUGCUCGAUAUGUCGUGUAUGUUCUCUCGAUAUUGAACUGCGCAUGCUCCCUGAUCUGACAGGAUCCAGAGAUCCGUAUACCGUUUAUUCGCAAAAAAAAUAAAUAAGAUACAAGCAUCUCGCUCUAAUUCUUUACCGACAAAAGUCUGUUUGGAUAUUGAAUAGGUUCUAGAUUAUCAUGCAGAAAAUAUAAUAUAAUAUACAUAUAGAAUAUAAUAUAUUCCAUGACGGCCAUUCAUACAGGAUUUAAUAAGCAGGGAAGUGAGAAUUUUACACUCCCACUUCCCUGGAAAGAUCCGAUACUAUAAUUUGUAUGUAUUUGUAGUUAGCCUGCUCGUUUAAUUUUGCAUCUUGAGUGCUAGUGCAACUGUAUAGCGGCUCAGCGUACCUCUCAUUAUGUGAAGUCGGACACAAGCCGCGCGCUGCCUACCCAGAAACUGCACUAUGUCCGGGAACGUUAGAAUUGGUCUAGAUUUGUUACACAUCAGCACGGACUAUAGGUCUACAAGUUAUAAAACAAAUAUAUUAAUUGGUUGGACUGGCAAUAUAAUUAUUUUUCCUCGGGGCUUUGGCCCUCGGGGAAAAUAGUAAUUGACAGUUCAACCUUUGAUAAAUAAUUCCCACUAUACUUUCUCAAAGCCUGAUAUAUUUGUAAAAUAUACGGAACUAUUUGCAGCGAUGUGCUUUCCGAUUGAAAUUAUACUUUGCUACAUGAUCACGAAUUGACCAAUCCCUUAUCUGGAAUACUCAUGAAUAUUCAUAAGAGGGAUAUAAAUGAAUAUAUACAGCACGCAUAAAACGAAAGGU